AUGAACAACAAUAACACCACUAGGAAUGUAAAUACUCAUAACCAACCCUCUUCAUUGUUUGUUGAGGUCGGAAAGGACACCACCACCAACAGCAUGAUGCACCUUCAAAGUCCUCCUCAUCUCAUUAGUCUCCACAAUAACAUGCAUGGAUCUAUGAAUAGCUUUAAUACUUCUUCUUCAACAAUGAACUUGAUCCCAAGUGCACCAGCGGACUUUCCUUCCUUAACUAGUACUAGUAGUAUUCAACAACCAAUUCAUCCAUCCUCAAUCUCCUCAACAACGUCGAGUACCAACAGCAGCAUGCUGCUUCCUCAAAAGAAACGUUUUCAAGCUGCCAUGAAAACUUCACCAUUACAGAACUCAACAGUCAUGUUGCAAACUCAUCAUCAUUCGCACCAUCAUCACCAUGACCAUCAUCAUCAUCAGGACGGAGAUUCCUAUUCCUCACACUCUUCUUCAUCUUCAUUAGGACCUCAUAGUAGCGAUGAAUCUGAAUUGCCUUCUUCUGCAUCCAAUGCAAUUAUGGAAUCGACUUCAAAGACUUCCCUUAUUCAGGAGCAUGACCAAGCUCGGUCCAUGCCAAUUCCAACUGCUGUAGUGACAGCAUCACCAUCAACUCAAAAAUCAAUGGUGAGAAGAAGAAAGCAAUCGAAGGCGUCUUCAGUUUCGAAAUCCUCCUCCUCUGGUAACUCUUCCAACUUGCUUUCUAAUUCCAUUUAUGAAGUGAGUACUCAUACGCGUCACAGCACAAAGCCUCCAGAACCAACUCUCUCUUUUAAUAAUCAACAUUUUGUGACCUCGAAUUUCACAUUCAAAUGUGUUCAAGGUUUCAUUCUCAACGAUUCUAAGAAAGCACCACCAGAUACCGAUUACAAUUUGACCAUUAGGGAUUCACUAUUUAUUGAGUCUCCCCAAUUUGCUAAAUGCGUUUGUGUGUUGAAGUUAAAGGAUGGGUCAUCGAGUGGUGUGACUGUUUCUAAGGAAGUAUUCAAACCAAAUAAUUCGAAUAAUUCCACCACUUUUGAGUGUACCAUCAUCAUUCCUCAAAGAAUUACAAGCAUGAAGGGAAGCUCCUCAUCUCGAAUUGGUAACAUUGAAAUUUUGAAUCAAAACGAUGAGUGUGUUGCUGUUUCAAGCUCAUUUUGGAUUCGAUCGAGAAGUAGACUUCAACUAGACAAGGAUUCGAAGAGAAAGCAAGAACCAGUUCAGGUCCCUUCCACAACCGCUGCCUCUUCAUCUGAUCUGAAGAGAAAGAGAGAUCAUGAUGAAGAUGAUUCAGCUCACAGUGACAUGACAAGUCUCGAACCAAAGAUCAAGUCUGUGAAGAUGGAAUCGAACAGCACAAACAGUAUGAUGAUGACGGAUGUUGCACAUGAUGUCAACCAAAAUGUCGUUGUGGUCUCUGAACCACAUCAAACAAACAACUGCUCGAAUGACAACUCGACGUCGAAACUGCCCUCCAUUUCGAAUUUUUACUCUUCAGUGACAUUGGAAUCUCUUUUUGCUGAAAUCCAACAGUUGAAGCAACAUGUUUUUUAUCAACACCAACAAAUUGAGUAUCUGCAUCAACAGUUGGCAAAUCAGUCAUCGUCGACAACGAAUAAACAUUGA